CGGCAGCGGCAGCAGACCCGGAGGAGGCGGUGGAGACGGCGGCGGCAAGCGGCAGCCGGGGGCAGGUGAGGGCCGCAGCGGCGGCAGGGGCGGGCCGAUUCGCGCCUUUGCCACCUCAGCCUCGCCCGGUGCCGCCGCCUCUCACCGGCCAAUACUGCCAUCACUGCUGGUCCGAGGAUCCACGAGUGGUGGCCCGGCUGGGGUUUCCACAGCAGCAGCAGCAGUGCACUCAACGCACGACAGUUGCCGUAUGCAGUACGGCGGUGUACGGCACUCGGCCGCCGCCACUCGGGCUGUACGGUGUUGCGCGCUGCAUGGCGGCAAUGGCAUCAGUGCCGGCCCUGGCGAUACGAGGGAUGGGGGUUGUACGACGGCAGGUACCUCGGCGCCAGUAGCGUCCAGGAGCUUACCAGCGGGCGUCAGCGUUACGACGGACGGGUCUGCGACAAGCAGCUGUAGCAGUGGCAGCGGUGAUGAUGGCGGCAGUACGGCAGUCGGCAGUACGACAACGACAGCAACAACGAUCAUAACGGAAACGGUAACGGCAGCAGGCGGCGGGUCCCGUCGGUCUCGUCGCCGAACACGAGACGUGCGGAUUGUGGCUUUGGACUUUGACGGCACCCUGCUAGACCGCCGCAGCCGCAUCCUGCCCUCCUCCGUCGCCGCAAUCCGGGCCGCUGCCGCUGCGGGCGUGACGGUGGUUGCGGCCACCGGCAAGGCCCGGCCCGCUGCGCUGGCGGCGGCGGCAGCUGCGGGGCUGGCCGAGCCGGGGCUGCUGGUGUGGCCGGAGGGGCCGGGCGUGUUCCUGCAGGGUCUUGCGGUCCACGGGCGGGGCGGCCAGGUGCUGUCGGAUGCCGCCCUGCCAGCUCCCGUGGUGGAGGCGGCGUUUAGCUACUCCUCCGCGCACUCCCUCUCCCUGUGUGCCUUCCUGGGCGACCGCUGCGCCACCACCUGCAUGACGACCCGCCUGCGGGAGCUGCACACCACCUAUUACGAACCCCUGGCAGAGGUCUUCCCCUCCGUCAGCUCGCUGCUGGCCGGCCCCCCGGUGCGCAAACUGUUGUUCAUGGCGGAUCCAGAUCUGGUGUCAGCUCAGCUGCUGCCGUACUGGCGGGGGGUGCUGCGGGGCGGCAGCAGUGGGGCUCAGGUAGUGCAGGCUGUCCCCAACAUGCUGGAGAUUGUGCCGGCCGGUGUGAACAAGUGGGUGGGGCUGCAGCGGCUGCUGGGCCACCUGGGGUUGCCCGCCUCCUGCCUCAUGGCGGUUGGCGACGGCGGCAACGACCUGGAGAUGCUGGCGGGGGCGGGGCUGGGGGUGGCCAUGGGCAAUGCGGUGCCGGAGGUGCGCGCGGCGGCGGCGGCGGUGGUGGCGGGGCAUGAUGAGGGAGGCGUGGCGGAGGCGUUUGAGCGGUUCGUGCUGUGAGGGGGGAGAUAAGAGGGUGGGGGGUUUUCUUGGCGGAUUUGUUGAGUGGAGUGCAGGUAUGGGUGAGGAAUGGGGCAGGACGGAUGCAAGGGAUCGGCUGCAUGCUUGGGGUGCUGAGGUCGGUCAUGAGGGGCGUUUGGCUGGGCGGGUUGUGGUGCAGUAGGCCGUGAGCCGUGAGGGAUAGCGCGGGAGGUGCCAGGGAGUUGGGAGAAGAGACUUGGAGUUGUGCCGCAGACAGAGGGUACCGGCAUGCACGGCAUGGGCAUAGGGCCCCUCCGCUGUGAGAAGCGAGUGAGGACGGUGGGUGGGUGGUGUAUGACACAUGGUCAGGAUGGCAUCGAGUCGCAUGUCUCAUGGGACCGUCAUGUUCCAGCUAGUUGGUGGAGCUCGGCUGGUGCUAUAAGUCCGGGUUACAAGUGCUCGGCAGACGACAUACGGUAACCGUACUGCUGUGUCCUUACGUUGUUUGCUUGCCGCCAUGUCGUAGAGGGCCAAACAGAAGUACCGUACAUGCGUUCCUGGCAAGUUUCCUUCUUGUAUGGUUGUCUUCUUGUAUGUAAGGGUAGGUUUGCCUUCUCGUGUGUCUAGGG